AGGGAGUAAUAUAUACUUUUCUUGAACAAAAUAUAUAGGGGUAUGUGUGUGUGUGUGUAUAUAUAUAUAUAUACUUUUCUUCCUUCUAUCAUAUAAAUUUUAUACUUUUCUUCCAACACCUCAUAUUCUUUAUCUUAUUUCUUUAUAUACUAGGCUAAAAUUUUACAAGAAUAUGAUCAUUCUUAUAUAAUUGAAAAUAUAGUGAGAUAUAUUACAAUCAAUUCUUUAUCAGGUUAGUUGAUAAAUGUCAAAAAGGCGAGAUUGGAUGGGAAGACGUUUGAUGGAAAACGGGUGGAUUAAUCCAGAAUUUUUAUACGGUGUGGAGGAGUUCAUUAAAGUGGCAUUUGCAGAUAACCAAGAUAUGGUAAAGUGUCCAUGUAAGAAGUGUCGGUUAAGAUUUUUUAUGGCUUCAACAAAAAUUGACAAGCAUUUGCGGAAGAAUGGUUUCAUGGAGGAUUAUGAGAUUUGGUAUUGUCAUGGUGAAAGAGGUGGGAGAAAGAAAGCCAUAGCACAAAAAGUUUAUCGUUACCUCCCCAUUACCGAUCGCUUAAAGCUAAAGAGCUGCAUGAGCGAAGGCCGUGUCGACUCCCAGGUCCCGCCACCGCCUCCGCUGCAGAGAUCUCGCCGAUGCAAGAGUCCACGCACAAUUGUCGCUGAAGGACACAGCAGCAGCGGACAGAGGGUUAGUCCGCAGUCCAUUAUCCGCGUGCAGUUAGCCGCCACUCGGAUACUGCGAAGGGGUCGAGAUCAGGGAAAACCGGGCCGUGGACGUGGAUCAAAUCAGGGACGUAGAACCCAAGCACGUGACCAACAAAAUUCACGCGAGCAGCAAGAAGGAGGUGAGAAGUCUGGAAAACCGAAGGAAAAAGCAAGGAUCGCACCAAAGUACAAUGCUUCAGGUGUGAUCAAUAUGGGCACUUUGCCUCAAGUUGCCCACAACGCAAGAUAAAACAAGGCGAGGUACAUCUGACCGAGGCAAACGAAAACGACCAGCGACUCUUCAUGGUGAGAAGCAUUCAAGAAACUGUGUUCUUGAAU